CUUCUGCCCUGACAACAAUGUAAACAUUCAACAGUGCGCGCUUUGUCAUUUGUGGAUGUUCGGUUGGAACUGUAUCUUACAUUUUAGGAAUUAUAUACAUGUAAAAGAAAUAACAACGGAAUCGGUUGAAGGAAAUAUUUCUGGGCUGAAAAAUCUGAAUUGUGUAAUACUAAUAGUGCUACUGUGAUCAAAGAACAAGUGGUUUGAUAAGUGUAGGCGCACCACCAUAAUGGCGUUAAUGGAUUCAUUCUUUCAACUUAAGACUUACUUCGUAAUUGUCAGUUUCAUAACUGUGUUUGUAAUAUUGAAUCUUCUGGGAUCUAUGAGAUAUAUCUAUGCAUACAAAGAAAUUAUGAAAAAAAUAGAGAUGCCUACCUCGAGUAGUAUGUACAUAUAUUUGAUGAGUAAUUCACCCAUAAUUAGUGAUAAAAAGGUUAUGCUCAACUACAAUAUAACAUCAAAGACCGCGAUGGCAGUGGCACCCACACCAACACCCAGGCCUAAUAACUGCACGGGUUGUUUUCAACACAAUUUUAAAUAUAUGAUAUCAAACGAAGCCGUGUGUAACGUUAAGGGAAAUAACUCAGUGGAGCUGUUUGGGUUUAUUUUUACCAUUCAUUCAAAUUCUGAACAGCGAAAUGCGAUUCGUAAAACAUGGAUGUCAUUUGCAGGUAACAAUACCUCAAACGUUCGUUAUCUAUUUAUGUUGGGUAAAUCCUCAAACGAUGAAUUGAAUAAGAAAGUUGCGGAGGAGGCGACCAUUUUUAAUGACAUAUUAAUGGAGGAUUUUCACGAUUCCUAUCAGAAUUUAACUUACAAGACAAUGAUGGGAUUUAAAUACGUCACCAAAUUCUGUAAUCACACAAAAUAUGUUUUAAAAAUUGACGAUGAUAUUUGGCUCAACAUGCCUUCCCUUCUGAAACUGUUACAAAAGGAAGGCAACAAACUUACCGCAGCAGUUGGUGGUGCGUGCCACGCAUCCGCUGGUCCAAUUCGAAGUAAAUCAUCAAAAUGGUACGCCUCUUUUACGAGUUAUCCGUCCAAUUCCUAUCCAGGUUUUUGUUCCGGGACCGGAUAUGUUUUAAGCGCCAAUGUUGCCCAAAAAGUCUACGAAGUAUCGAAAAACGUACCUUUCUUUCAUCUGGAAGAUGUGUAUGUGGCUCUGUGUAUUAAAAAGUUGAACUAUAAAUUGAUACGGUUUUCAGGAUUUCUGAAAGGUUGGUCGAAGAACAAUUUAUGUGCUAUGAAAUCAGAUGACACCAGAACUUGUCAUCAAGUCCCUCCAAAUAUUUUAACAUCUGCUUGGGCAGCGGUGUGUUAAUAAUAUAUUUUAAAAAAAAUCAUUUUUUAAAAGGAAUUAUAUUAAAACCUAUAUCUAUUAUGCAACUUCGCACUGACAACUUUUGUAAGAAAUAAAUGCUCACAGGAAUUGUUCUUAUCGUACUAAUUUGAAUUUAAAAUAUGGAUUCAUCAAUAAAUUCGAGUAAUCCAUUCUUGAAUACACCAUCCUAACAAUAAAUGAAGGUAUGAAAUCCGAUUUAGCGUCCUACUUUUCUGGGCCAAUCAAGACGGGCAUACAGUGUGCUAUGAGGGACAUUUUGCCCGGACAACGGCGGAACGACCUACGCUUAUCUCGAAUUCCAACUGCCAGGGGUUCUUUUACGUACACCAAUGUGUACAAGUGGGCCUCGGUUUUUCGUCUAAGCUGAAGGACUGGACACUGUCAUAGUUAAAUACCCUCUGCCCUGAUUCGUUGAUCUCAGGAACUGUUCCCGAGAUCAACGAAUCAUAUGCGUGUGGUAGGUAUACUCCAGUAUCCCGGUUGAGUUCUGGCUGGUUUCUUCUGAUGUUAACUAGUUUUAAAACAGUGUUAUUUUUAAUCAAGUCCAUAAGUUUAUUGAUAUGUCAAACAGAUUUUAAUCUCGAUCAAAUGGUAUUUUAUUUUCAAUUAUAUGUAUAACUGGCUGGUUUCUCUAAUGUUGUUUAUUAACAAAAUAUGUAUGUAAUGCUUGUCUAUAUUUAUAUAUUUAACUAUAAUCUAUAUAAUGUGUAUGUGCUUGCCAUUUUAACUUUGUAUAUACACCCCUUUGCAUUAAUAUUAUGUAUAUAUAUCAUUUAGGGAGAGGGGUUUUACAUUGGCCUGUCCCAUUCAGAUAUCCUGAAUAAAAUAUUGUUUUGUUUUUGUUUUUUUAUUAAAAUAAAUAAAUAAAAGAAUUAGAAGCAAACCUUUGAUAAAUAAAUAAGUUUGAAUAUGUUUUUAGUCCAAAUAUAUCACCAAAUUACAUAGCGCGUAGUUCAUGAUAUUAUUUACAAACAAUUACUAUAGGACACAAGUCUUCAUUUGCAUCUGGGACAGGACACGCAUUUCGGAUGUUUUGCUAAUUAUCUCUUAAACAAAUUUGCUCCUGUGGAUAAGGAUAUUUUUAUUUUCACCUUCUUAGGAACUUAGAUAUUUAAUUUUCUUUGCACAACUUAGAUUUGUAAUUCUUAUAGCCGUUCAAUAUUUUCAGAAUUACUAAUUAUCUCGAACCAG